ACCUACUGACAAAGGGAGUGCCACAUUUGGUGAACUUUGCUCAUGCAUGAGAUUUUUUCCUGGAUCAUCCUUAACAUUGAACACACUAUACCAUCAUGUCAGUAUCAUCCAUGGCACGCAUAGAUUUUGUACCAGCUACAGCUGAGGACUACAAAGAGCUGAUGUCCAUAUCAGAUGGAAUCUAUAAAGGGAUGGACUAUCUACCUUUCAACUACCAUGCAUGGCUGAAGGAUCAUCGAAGACGUAUGUUUUUGGCCAAGAGUGAAGGAAAAAUAGUGGGCUUUGAGUCCUUCUUGCUGGUCGAUGGAGGUGGCACUGCUGUAUUGCAAGGCCUUCGUGUGGCCCCCUGGAUGAGGGGACAAGGCAUGGCUGGUAUAAUCCAGAGAUAUUGCCUAGAUAAACUUCAUUCUGACCACCCCCAAGUGAAAAGAGUGCGCCUGACUCGUGGUGAGGACCCUCCACCCAACUUAUUGAGGAUGUUCAAAGUGAUCAACUCCAAGGCAAUGGUGUCUAUAUUACUUCCCUCUGACCAGCUUGAGAAAGAUAUCAAAUUGUUGGAGUCUCGUCUGGACAAUGUGGGACGAUCAAUCGAUUGCACUAUUGUGGAACCUGCUGAGGUGCUCAAACUCUUUGAUGGGACAAAGACCAGAGAAGAUCUGUUUCCUGGGGAUCUCCUGGUGCAGAACUGGCUUCCUCUUACCACCCACAGAUCCAAUUUGGAGAUGCUUUUUGAAAGGGGAGUGAUUUGGAUCUACUCCGAAGCAUGCAACACGAGUGGAUCUUCGGAACUGUCUGCUGAAAACUCUGCUGGCAGUGCGGACGGAUAUCAAACUAACAAUGAAAACCUUGUAAGAAGAGGGCCACCAACCCAGCCAUCGUCUCCGGCUGGGUUCCUCAGCCUCGGCACCCCAGCAUUUCCGGUGGCUUAUGCAAAUGCCACAUAUGUCUUCCACAUUGACUUGUAUGGAGUUGACCAAGCAAGUCUUAAAAGACAUAUCAUAGAGCAGAUUAAGCUGUGUAUACAAACCUUACCAGCAGGGAGCAGUAUAUUCUGCUUCAUGUACACCGAGCAGAGUCUCCGAAGUGACCUCAUCCACCUGUGUGAAGGACUGACGCCGUUCGUUGUACUUAAGGACCAGAUGGUCCUAGAAAUGGAUAUUUAAAGCAUUUGGUGACCAUUUCCCAUUAUCAUGGGACUCUUUAACCACUUAAGUACCGCCU